AUGGGCAGCGGCAGCAGCCGGCGGUGGGGCCGUGCCGGCGGCGCCCCGCGCGGGACGGCGCAGGCGGAGGCGGUGGCGGGUCCGCUCCCAGCCGCGGAGGAGCGGCGGGCGCCGGGGACGGCGCUGGAAGCGGCCCCGCCCGGCCCCGCCCAGCCCGCGCCGGAGGCCUCGUCUCCACGACGCCCCUCAGACCCAGAGAACAACAACAUCAGCAAUGAGUGCCCAUCACAGGGCAGCAAGCAGUCAGUGGGGUGCCCGGCCAUCUUGUACCAUGGCUCAGAAGAGGAACUGAUGGCCAGCAUCGAGCGGGAGUACGGCUGCUGAGCUCCACACACGGGGCAUGGCUGGAGCAGCAGAGCUGCCAGCAGGAGAAUGCAAUGCCUGGGAUGGUGAGGAGGAGUGCAAGGAGAAAGACCAGAAAAAGCACACCUUGUGAAUCAGUAUCUCAAAGCUCCUCUUGAAAUGGCCUUUUUACCAGAUUUACUAGCUUUUUGAGAUGUGGUGCUUUAGGGAAGAAGACCUUUGCUUUGUCCUGGCAGUAAUAAAGUGCAGCAAAAUCAUUCGAUAAAGAUCUGAGUUUGGGAGUGUGCUGUGAAAUGCAGCAAGCUCUGAUGCAUUUCUGCUCCGUGGCAGAAAAAUCACUGUGUUAUAUCCUUAGCUGAUCCAAAGUAAAACAGAAAGGCUGUGGAUCUCUGAAGAAAAUAAUGUUUUCUGUGCUCCCCAAUAGGGAAACCUUGUGUUGUAGGGUUUCUGCCUUUGUUUUAUCUGCAUCUUAAUGUAUCAUGAGUAGCUGCUUCUUAACAGAAGUAGAAAAAUACCUAAUUUCUAUCUUUAGCUGAAGUAUUCAAGAUAUCAGAUGAAAUACAGUGUGAAUGCAAGAGGAAACAGCAGGACACAUCUUAAGAUGCUGUAUUAUGAUGUCUUCGUCAUUGCAGGUAUUUGUGAAAGAGAAAUAUAUGCAUCUGUAUUCUAUGUACCUUUCAAUAAAGGCAACAGUGGUUUUGAAGCAGAGUCUCCUGGAAAAA